AUCACUAUGUUGCAUCAGAGCACAUAAUUAAAGCUAAAUAUUUGCUCUCUCAUAUCAAAGAUCAGAAGCCUCCAUAUGGUUACAUAAUAAGGCAAGUAAGUAUAAACAAGCAUCAAAGACCCUUUCAACAUAUUUCUUCCAUUGAAAGGAUUUACCAAUCUGUUGGUAUAAAUGCACUGUGCUGCCUUCUAGCUAGCUCAACAGAAGCAAAGAAAGCAAGUAAUCUUCACAAAAUUCAGUAUAAGCUCGAGAAAGAUCAGUAGAUAGGGAAGUUUUCAAAUGGGUAGAAAAAGAAAGGCUGUUGAAGGGGCAGCUGAGCUUCAAAAUCCUGAUGAAGAAAAUAAGGCCUGGGAUGAGAUGGUGAAGGAAGCAACUGCUGCUGCGGCCUUAGGAGGCUGCCAGAGGGCUCGGAAGCGAUACGUGGGGGUUCGGCAAAGGCCGUCAGGCAGAUGGGUGGCUGAAAUUAAGGACACCAUACAGAAGAUUAGGGUGUGGUUAGGGACCUAUGACACAGCUGAGGAAGCGGCCAGGGCCUACGAUGAGGCUGCUUGCUUGCUUCGCGGUGCCAAUACUCGAACAAACUUCUGGCCUUGCUCUCCAUCGUCUACUUUAGCGCCUGCUCUUCCUCCCAAGAUCACUAACCUUCUCCUCCGCAGGCUAAAAGCAAGAACCAACUCAGCUGCUAAUUCUUCACCUGCUUAUUCUCUGCCCCUUAACCAGCCAGAAGAAGAAUUUAGAGAUGAAACCAAUGAAUUUUCAGAUACCCAGUUAGCUGAUUUCCUAAAUGAUCCUGAAGAUCACUAUCCCACCACUGAUGAGAUUGACAACAUGAUUGUGCAUACUGCUACUGGGACUAGUGGCGAUUCCGUUGACACAGGUUUUAGGCCUCAGGAAGAGAACUGUGGGGACUUCUACCAUAACUGGAGCAAUGAUGCAGCUGAUGUUGGGGAAGAAGACGGGGAGGGAGAGAGCACCAACCUAGGAGGGCUGGUGGAUUUCCAGUUUGUGGAUGAAGUCCGGGCGUGUUACUAUUCACCAUUCGAGAUGGCUGAAGAGAUCUCAGAGCCUAUUGAGCAAGAAUUCUGCGGAGAUGAGCCAUCCAUACUGAGAGAGGCCAUGAAGAGGAUGAAGUAUGAGAGGAAGUUCUCAGCUUGUCUCUACGCGUUCAAUGGGAUAUCAGAGUGCCUGAGCCUGAAGCUUGGAGCGGGGAGUAGCGUAAAGAGGAGAGGGAUUUCCAAUCAGUUAAUCAGCAAUCUCCAGAAUGCAUGUCAAAAGAAGAAAGAAGAGAAGAAGAAAGUGGAAGAAAUAGUGGGGAUUAAUCAGAAACAGGAACAAAAAUUAAGUGAGAUGGGAUGUUCUGCAAUUAGUGGUGAUGGUGAACUCUCACUAUGGAGCUCCAUCGAUCUCUCUCCCAUCUGUUUUGUUAAUUAA